AUGGUGCUCGGCAAUCUAGCUAGCCAGGCUGGCAUUUACCAGUCGAAACAUGCACCUCUAAACCUCCGAGCACCUCGAUCGGAGCCUGCGAACGAGAAGCAGGGCGGCGGCUUCGCAUCAUCAGCAAUAGCCCCGACCGACAGGGCACAUAGAACGACGGGUAUGGGGAAGAAGCGAAAGACCACGACGACGGAGGACUCGGAGGUCUUUUGGAACCCACCGCCAUCAUCAUCAUCAGCUCUUGCCGAGAGAGACAGCAACGGAUCGUUGGCGAAGAAAGCCACGAGACCAGUCGCCUCUGGCAACAGCGGAGAGAGCUUUGGGGUCGAUAUUAGCUUCUCUGAGCUAAGCAGCCUAAGGAGCAUCACUGACGCCAGCGAUGCCAAUACCAACGGACCUAUCACAAAUACGGACUCAAAUGAAUAA